UGUACACGUUGGUCACAGCUGCCAAAAGCCGACUCUCUCUCUCUCUUCUUUCUCUCUCUUCGUUGCCAAAUUGUUCUUGUUCAACCGAACCAGCACACGCUGUUCCAAGGUCAAAAUAGGCGUGUGAUCCCUUGAUUUUGGUUUCGGUAUUCGCCCUUCUGACCUGAGAAGAACCCUCCGGCAGCAUUUAAAGGCGAUCCCCACUAUUAAGGAAUGAAUAUUUUCUUCAGGAACGCUACUGAGGAGUCUCUUCCUUCUCAUCACGACUUUAUUAGUUGUCCAUUUUUGCGUAACAUUAAUGAGCCCACCAAUUUCUCAUUCUCAUCAUCCAUGGCUUUCCCAAUGCCUGUACGUGGAACCAAAGGUCCAAUUUUUGAGGAUGGUCCCAAUUUUGAAAUGACAUUCAGGCUUUUCCAUGGGCAAAAUGGUGUUGUCCCACUUUCUGGAAAAUCAUUCUCACAUUCUGACGAGUCUGAGUCUGAGUCGGCUCCUCCACACUUUAAUCCUUUAGCAGCAAAGGCAGCCACCAUCAGCCUCUCAGGAUUUGGAUCUGGAGGGCUGUUUGGCUUCGAUGCAUUUUUUGGGAAGAGGAACAAUCAAAACAAAAAAUCCAAAUCAUCCAAGAAGGAACCUUCUUCACAGGGCGGUGACUCAAAGCACGAGGCACUGAGCAAUGAAUGGUUGGAAACUGGGAACUGCCCAAUUGCCAAGUCAUACAGGGCGGUAAGUCAUGUCCUGCCACUUGUGGCGAAGGCUCUUCAGCCCCCUUCUGGUAUGAAAUAUAAGUGCCCCCAAGCGAUCGUUGCAGCUAGAGCAGCCAUAGCACGAACUGCCUUUGCAAAGAAUCUCCGACCACAACCCCUCCCGGCAAAGAUUCUUGCGAUUGGAGGAUUGGGUAUGGCAGCAAAUAUCCCUUUAGGAAUAUGGAGAGAACACACAAAGAAAUUCUCACCUUCAUGGUUUGCAGCUGUCCACGCAGCUAUUCCAUUCAUAGGCAUGCUGAGGAAGUCUGUGUUGAUGCCUAAGACAGCUAUGGCAUUCACCAUUGCAGCAUCCAUUUUGGGACAAGUCAUUGGCUCCAGAGCAGAGCGCAUCCGGCUGAAAUCAGUUGCUGCAAGAAGAUUGGCUCUCACUAAAACUUCUACUAACGGGUCCAGUCAAUUACAAGUUACCGGACUUAAUGGUGGACGUUGCAGUGAGAUUGUUGAGUGGAGCACAGUUCCUAUACAGGUUGCCGUGCCAUCUUCAUCAGCUGAUGUUUUUUGCUGAUAAUUUUUUGUGCAAUUGAUCUUGUACUACUUUGUGUUCGGCAAAGUACACACUUGUAUGUUUAUUUGUUUGUUUUUGUCGUUGUGUAUUCCUUUUAUUUUCCUUUGUACCUUGAAAUACCUGAGAUCAACAAUUGUCGGAAUAAAAAUUGGAAGGAUGAGAAUAUUAUUUUAAA